GGCAACGUGGAAAACCCGGCAUGGAUUCUGUAGUGGAGGAGGAAGACCGUCGUGCACUGUGUCUUCACGCUGCUGCGACGUGGAGACCGUUUUGGAGCCGAAUCCUGCAAAAUGACCGGACACGCGUGUUUGUUUCUUGAUUUUAAAGCGUGAUUAGUCAGUGAUAUCGAUGCACUAACAUAGAUAAUCGAUAAUCGAUCGCUGUGGGGAUUAUUGUGACCGAUAGCACGUGUGAACUCGUCGCUCCACUCCUUCGCCGUGUAGUUGGGGGUGGGAGAAAAAAAAAGUCCACUCCGCCUCUUCGUUUUCACCAGGCAGCAUAUGCGCGUAUUGCUACCCACCAACCGACCUUGAAUCGUCCUCGGAUUAAUUCUCGCUCGUGAUUGGUCGCAGCCGCGGAGCUGCAACAGCUCACUGGAUUCUCAUUGGCGGAGCGCGCUGUCUGUCAAGUCAUAUCCGCCUCCUGCUCUGUUUGGUUGGAUCUCUCCCCUACCCUUUCUCUCGGCGGUGGGUCGGAGCCGCUGUCCCUGGCCUCGCAUGUUCCCCUCUAAAUUCCUGUUUUGAAUUUGAUGCCCCUCUUGUAGAUUUACUCCAUUUUUCACGCCUCUGUAAGGCCACAGUCGGGCGUCUGCACACCGGUGUUUUUUUUUAUAUUUUGUCCCAGUAUUUGUCGUUCAGACAGUUUAACCCGAACAUGGCCGUGGUGAGCGGAUCGUCUGGGCCGGUUGCCCGGCUCGAGGGCCGUGAAUUCGAAUACAUGAUGAAAAAGCGCUCGGUGACCGUCGGCCGGAACUCGUCUCAGGGCUCCGUGGACGUGAGCAUGGGCCACUCCAGCUUCAUCUCGCGGAGGCAUCUGGAGAUAUUCACCGCCAGCGACGACGGCACCGGCAGCGGAGAUUUUUACCUGAGGUGUCUCGGUAAAAACGGGGUGUUUGUAGACGGAGUGUUCCUCAGACGGGGCGCCCCUCCUCUGCAGCUACCGCGAAUGUGCACGUUCAGGUUCCCCAGCACAAACAUCAAGAUCACAUUCACGGCUCUGUCCACCGGGAAGAAGGUGAAGCGCGAAGCUCCAGAGUCCCCAGUGAAGCCGGUGCAGCCCCAGAUCUCCCCGCUGACCAUCAACAUUCCAGACAACAUCGCUCACCUCAUGAGCCCCCUGCCAUCGCCCACCGGCACCAUUAGUGCUGCUAACUCGUGCCCCUCCAGCCCGCGAGGCGCAGGCUCGUCAGGCUACAGGAUGGGCGGCCGCAUGGUCAGCUCUGCAGAGCUGCAGCUUCUUAACGACAACUCGCAGCCCGAGAACGACAAAGACGCCUCCGGAGGGGACAGUCCCAAGGACGACUCCAAACCUCCGUACUCCUAUGCACAGCUGAUAGUUCAGGCCAUCACACUGGCUACGGACAAGCAGCUCACACUAAAUGGAAUCUACAAUCACAUCACAAAGAAUUAUCCUUAUUACAGGACUGCAGACAAGGGCUGGCAGAACUCGAUCCGUCACAACCUGUCGUUGAACCGCUACUUCAUCAAAGUGGCGCGGUCGCAGGAGGAGCCGGGAAAAGGUUCGUUCUGGAGGAUAGACCCGUCCUCGGAGGGCAAGCUCAUCGAGCAGGCCUUCAGGAAACGAAGGCCCCGGGGAGUCCCCUGCUUCAGGACCCCACACGGACCUCUCUCCUCCAGGAGUGCCCCAGCGUCUCCCAAUCACUCGGGGGUUCUCUCCGCUCACUCGAGCGGCGUCCAGACCCCCGACAGCCUAUCACGAGAGGGCUCCCCGGUCCCCCUGGAGCUGGACACCUCCUCGGCUCCUGCCCCGACCUCCACCACAGUGACCCAGCCCAAACUGGCAGUCAUCCAGGAAGCACGCUUUGCACAAAACACACCAGGCUCGCCUGUUAACAACCAGCCGGUACUCAUAGCAGUCCCGCGUCAGUUACCUCAAACCAUUAAGCCAGUGACCUACACCAUGGCCUCCCCCGUGAGCACCAGCACCUCCCAGCCUGCUGUCCAGACGGUCCACGUCCUGCAGCAGAUCCCAGCAGGGUCCCUCAGCUCCGCCGUCAUCGCCCAGCCGGCCACCAUCAUCAACAAGAGCGAACUGCAGGAGAACGGAGAGCACACAGAGGUCAAAGUCAAAGUGGAGACGGUCCCCACCAUCACCUCUAUAGGCGGCUCCAGUCGCAUCAUCCAGAGCACCCAGUCAGCCACGCCCCUGCAGACCGUUACCAUAGUGCAGUCGGCCCCCGUGGGUCAGCACCAGCUGCCCAUUAAGGCCAUCACGCAGAACGGCACCCACAGCAUCACCACUGCCAUCCAGGGACCCGUCAGCUCAGCUACAGUCGUGGCGAGCCCCCUCCACCUGCUGGCGACCCACGCCUCCGCCUCAGCCCUCCUCCCCACCAAACGACAGAACGGGGACCAGCUGGCCGCCGAACAGCCCGACGCCAAGCGCAUCAAAUCAGAAGACGAGGCGGCCCCGACCUCCUCGACCCCGGCGGACUCGUCAGCAGCUAACAACUCGGGAGCCCACAACUAGUCUGUACAACCACACGCCACACGACCCUGCCCUCCUCCUCCACAUCCACAUCCACCUUCUCCUCCCUCCACCGUUUCUCUCUCCUCGUCCCUGUCGUUCGUUUUGUUUCUCCUCCUUCUACCACUGACUCCCGAGGUGCCAAAACGGAGAGGACUCUUUUUCAUUUUCACUUUGGGUUUUAUCUGUUCUAGAGCAUCGACAAAAAAAUAAAAAAUAAAAAAAGGAAGAAAUAAUGUCCACCCCUUUAAAGACUGGAACGUGGGUUGAGAACAAAAAAACAAAAACUAAACUAAAAUGGGACAAAGAUGAACUCAAAGGUGUCCCCUGUGAGCCACUGAAACAGGAGAGUGACUAAAAGGAAAAAAAAAACAAAAAAACAAGACCACAGGAAGCCUUAACAACAA